CCAUCAUCUGCAACUCUUUGGCGUGACGCGCUUGUGUGGAAGCUCGUGCUUUGUACGUGCGCGUACGCUUGCGAAGUAAACGCACGCGCCUAGAAGUUUUAGCCUUUUCGUUUCGUCACAGCGCAGUAGUCCGCCGCCAUGCCCGAGAAACUGUCGGGCUACGAGUUUUGGACGAAAGUUCUGAAGAGCCCAAAGUUCGUCGUCGCACCGAUGGUGGACCAGAGCGAGCUGGCCUGGCGUCUGCUGAGUCGAAGGCACGGCGCCCAACUCUGCUACACGCCCAUGCUCCACGCGGCCGUCUUCCUGAAAGACCCCAAGUACCGCAAGGAAACCCUGGCCACCUGUGACGAAGACGGCCCGCUCAUAGUUCAGUUUUGUGCCAACGACCCCGACGUGCUGUUCGAGGCAUCUCGCAUGGUGGUGGGACAAUGCUGCGCCGUCGAUCUCAACCUUGGCUGCCCCCAGGCCAUUGCCCGUGCCGGCCAUUACGGGGCCUUCCUUCAGGACGAGUGGGAUCUUCUCUCCAGGAUGGUGAACAAGUUGCACACAGAGCUUGAAAUUCCUAUCACGUGCAAAGUUCGGGUCUUCCCUGAAGUUGACAAGACCGUUGAGUACGCCAAAAUGCUGGAAGCUGCUGGGUGUCAGGUGCUGACUGUCCACGGCCGAACGAGAGACCAGAAAGGGCCGUUCACGGGGCUUGCAAACUGGGAACACAUCAGGGCAGUGAAGCAGAACGUCAAGAUCCCUGUCAUUGCCAACGGAAACAUCCAGUAUUUGGAGGACGCUCUGCGAUGCCUUGAGGAGACCGGAGUUGAUGCAGUCAUGUCAGCUGAGGGCAACCUUCACAAUCCGUACUUGUUCACCGGCACUCAACGGCCUGUCUGGGACGCAGCACUGGAAUAUCUAGAGCUGGUCCGCCAAUAUCCGUGUCCAACCUCGUACAUUAGAGGUCACUGCUUCAAGCUACUGCACCACUGCAUGACUAUGCCUGAGAACGUCGACUUGAGGGAGAAACUCGCCAAGGCGAGCCUGGUCGAGACGUUUGAAGAGGUUGCCAUGGCGCUGAGAGAUCGUUUUCAGGGCAAAACGUGGGACCCGGAUCCCGACUCUCCGCAGGCCGACCUUCCUUUCCCACCUUGGAUCUGCCAGCCGUACGUUAGGCCCAGCCCCGAGGUGUCGCAGGAGACAAAGCGAGACCUGAACGCCGAGUACCAGAAGCUGCUGGAGAUGACGGCGGUCAUCAAGCGCCCUGCCGACCUGGACUUGCUCAGCCUGUCCCGGAAGCAGCUCAAGCGGCUGCGCAAGAACCCUCGCAAGGCGUUCGCCAAUCGCGAGCAGUUCGUGCCCUGUGCCAAGUGCUCCAACCCAAGGUGUACAAAGUGUGUCUACGCUCUCUGCAAGCCGUGCUGUCGUAACCGAGUAAGGGAGAACUUUGAAAAUUGCGAAGGUCACAGUUUUUUCUUUAAGCCCAGAACGGAAGAAGAGGAACUAAAAAUGAGAAGAGUGAAGGACGCAAGGGAGAACGUGGCCGCAAACAGUGUGACGGGUAGUUCUUUAAUAGAGAUGGACUUCUCGGAGACGCCGACUUGACUUUCUUUGCAAGGAGGUCGGCCCCUUUCACCUGUACAAAUCACAGAGUAAUAUAUGUACAUAAUGACCAA